AUGGGUUUGAAGCUCGAGGAAGAGAAGGAGAACUCCAACUGCAGCAACGGCAAUAACAGCAGCAGCAGCAGCAGCCCCGAAGCCGCAGGUUUGAGCAGUCCUAAACAGGCAGCAGUAGCAGCUGCAGCAGCAGCAGCGACUCCAGCUGCUGCAGCAGUCGGAAGCGGCCGUAGAAAGAGCCUGCGCUGCGUGCGGCUGACCGCCGCUUCAGCAGCAGCAGCAGCUGCUGCUGCUGCACCCGCAGCAGCAGCUGCUGCAGCACCUGCCGUUGCAGAUACACCCCAGAAGGGAAGAGUGAGGAAGCAAAGCAGCAGCUGCAGCAGCGCCACAAGCAGCACCAGCAGCAUAGAAGCCUGCAGCAGCAGCUGCAGCAAACGCCGGAGAUGCACGCGCAACCGCAGCAGCAGCAGCAACAGCAGCAGCGCAGCUGCAACCCGCAGCCAGCGGGGCCGGCGAGCAGCAGCAGCAGCAGCAGCAGCAGCAGGCACAGCAGCAGACAUGGCAGCAACUGGCACAGCAGCAGCAGCAACAGCUGAUCCAGCCAGCGAAAACCAGCAAACGGACAGGCUGAAAAGUGAUGCAGACAGCAGCAGCAGCAGCUGCUGCAGAAGCAGCAGCAGCAGCAGAAGUAGCGGCGGCAGCUGCUGCGGCAGUGAUGGCACUUCGAGCUGCAGCAGCAGCAGCAGCAGCAAUGCUGCUGGCCCCGGUACAGAGACUUGCAGCGGAGCCCCUCUUGGCGUAGAGAGCAGCAGCAGCAGCAGCAGCAAGGAGAAUGGCAGCAGCAGCAGCAGCAGCAAAGAGACUGGCAGAAGCAGCAAGGAGAAUGACAGCAGCAGCAACAACAAAGAUGGUGAAAGCAGCAGCAGCGGCAAGGAGAAUCACAGCAGCAGCAGCAAGGAGAAUGGCA